AUGACACCUUCAACACAGUCUGACACCUUCAACACAGAGAGUCGGAUCUACGCUGUGGCCAAGUCCGGGAUCAGACUUUCUGAGACCUCAUACGCAGACUCUGCGAGCAAAGAUGGGUCGCUGCAGUCAUCGUUCCCGGCCUUCCUCAUGUACACGUCUCUGAUCUACAGGAACAUGAGCACGCCGCUCUACAGCACGCUUAAAGGGAAAGCCACCCUCCUGAGCAGCAGCCCCUUCACAGACGACUCUUCCAACUCCGAGGACUCGUCCAGUUCAGGGGAAGAGGACGGCUCCGUGUGCAGCUCCCAGGCGUCCUCCUCCGGCUCCCGCAAAGACAGCAGUCCAGGCAGCCCUAGGUCUCUCAAGAGAGCAGUGUCCAUGUCGUCUGUGGCCUCGGACAGCGACUACGCCAUUCCCCCAGACGCCUACAGCACGGACACAGAAUGCUCCGAACCUGAACAAAAACUGCCCAAAACCUGCUCCUCCUCCAGCGAAAACGGAAAGACUGAACCGAUGGAAAAGUCUGGAUACUUGUUGAAAAUGGUGAAAACUUGGAAGAAAAGCUGGAAGAGGAGAUGGUUUGUGCUGAAAGAUGGAGAACUGCUUUACUACAAGUCACCAAGCGACGUGAUCCGGAAACCUCGAGGUCAGAUCCAAGUCCAUGCAUCGAGCAACAUCCUCCGAGGAGAGAGCAAACAGAUCCUGCAGAUUCUGACGGCGAAGCGUGUGUACUUUCUGAAAGCCGACUCUCCAAACCUUCUGGACGAAUGGCUGCAGGUUCUACAGAGCGUCCUGAGGCUCAAAGCGGCGAGUCCUCUCUUCACUCAGCCAGACAUCCGGCCCAGCAUGAAGGGGCUGCUGCUCAAGGUGAAGCACGGUUAUUCCAAAAGGGUUUGGUGCGCUCUGAUUGGAAAAACACUUUAUUACUUCAGAAGUCAAGAGGACAAGUUUCCACUGGGUCAAAUCCGGCUGUGGGAGGCGCGUGUGGAGGAGGUGGAGGAGGAGGUCUGUGGUCGGAGCCCACACUUCACUCUCUGCAUCCAGCCUCAGGACCAAGGCCCCACGUACCUGCUCAUCGACUCCCCGCACCAGAAGGAUGCGUGGCUGUACCAUCUCUCUGUCGCAGCAGGAUCAAGGGUCGGUAAAGUGGGGACUGAGUUUGAACGACUUGUGGGGACGCUCUUCCUGCUCGACGGAAAUCAGAACUCUCAGAUCUGGAGACACCCACGGCUCUGCUUCAGUAAAGACGCCCUGACGUCUCCUCUGACCACGCUGCCCUCUCCGGCCCUGCAGACCGAGGCCGUCAAGCUCUUUAAGGCCUGUCACAUGACCCUGUGUAAAUGCUGUGUGCAGACCUGUCACAUGACCCUGACCCUGUGUAAAUGCUGUGUCCAGGCCUGUCACAUGACCCUGACCCUGUAUAAAUGCUGUGUCCAGGCCUGUCACAUGACCCUGUGUAAAUGCUGUGUGCAGACCUGUCACAUGACCCUGUGUAAAUGCUGUGUGCAGACCUGUCACAUGACCCUGUGUAAAUGCUGUGUGCAGGCCUGUCACAUGACCCUGACCCUGUGUAAAUGCUGUGUGCAGGCCUGUCACAUGACCCUGUGUAAAUGCUGUGUGCAGGCCUGUCACAUGACCCUGACCCUGUAUAAAUGCUGUGUCCAGGCCUGUCACAUGACCCUGUAUAAAUGCUGUGUCCAGGCCUGUCACAUGACCCUGUGUAAAUGCUGUGUCCAGGCCUGUCACAUGACCCUGUAUAAAUGCUCUGCCUGUCAGCUGUUCAUAAACGUGGCCAUCGACGCCCCAGCCAUAGACUACCAUGUGUCGCUGGCCCAGAAUGCACUGCAGGUGUGUUUGGCUCAUUCAGAGCUCCAGAACGAACUCUUCUGUCAACUCAUCAAACAGACGAGGAGGAGGGCCCAGGGGCAGCCGGGACCACUGCAGGUGCUCACUCUCACCACUGGGGGGAGCCACAGGGCACUGUUACUGUAG